CGAAGUUAUACGUCGAUUGAUUGCAAGCUGGAGAGAAGCAGGCGCGAAACAAAGUUCGUGUAUCUUCAGUAAAUCCUAGCUAAAAAUGGCGACCACCAUCAGAUUCGGAACAACGAGCUCUGCAUGCAACACUGCAGACGCCGAGAGAGCACACUUCGUCGAGGAAACCGAAGAAAAAGGAAACUCUGACCCGGAAAAACUUCUUCAGUGCCCUUUUGACAAGAACCACCUCAUCCGGACCUGCCGCUUUCCCUACCAUCUAAUUAAGUGCAGAAAGAAUCAUCCUAAAUUGGCUAGUGAGCUAAAAACCUGCCCUUUUAAUGCACGCCACCUGGUCCACAAGCAUGAGCUGGCACACCACACUGAAACCUGUGAGGACAGGAUAACCGUGUGUGCUGAAGAUGAGGAAAGCACAAAUGCAGAUUGGAAAUGGAAGGUCCCGGUCAGUACUUGGGUAAACCCGGACAUGUCUGAGGAUUGGGGCACAGAGGUUGAUGAUGCUGCUACUCCAUUUGUGUGGGGCGUAAACACCGCCCUUGAUCAAAAACUCAGCGACAACCUUGGUUCAUGUUUUAGAUCUCCUGAUGCCCUCCCAUGGUCUGCUGAUGGCUAAGUCAUAGUGUACUAGGUAUCCAAUUUAAAGCUUAAUGCUGGGCCUGUUGUAUGUAACUAUUCACAGAUAUUUCUUUUAAAGUUUGUUCAUGGCAAGUUUUUUACAACACCCUUUUAAAAGUGCAUCGUGUAGGACUUAGGGCAGCUACUGGUGAGGUUGCCGAUUGCAACUAAUUGAAACUUUAAGUCAAUAAAGCUCCCUAAAUGCUACACGCUGUUUUUUUAAAUUAGCAACACUAAAUGCAGAGUAUAGUACCACUUUACAUCCUUUAAAUCUAAGGCCUCAUUUUUUGUAUGGCUUUGUUUGCCUUCCCUGCUGUUGCAGUAACAAAUGGCACUAGUUGAAUAUUGUGUGCUUUUUAUAUUAAAGGUGUUCCCUUCAAAUCAUUGUGGUGUUAAUUUUGAAAAUGUUUCCUUAAAUUGAUCUCGUCUGAAAAGUUUAAAAAUAUUCUGUUUGGCAACAUAUUGAGGAAGAUCAAUUCUAUUUAGUCACAGUGACUAUAUUUCAAAAUGAAAUGAUCUAAAAUGAGGAAUGCUGAUGACUGGGUAAUAAAAGAUGCACAGGCAUGUUUUAAAAAUAUCAAUUUAUUUGGUGUUCAACACCAUGAAUUGCAUUAGUCUUUGAGCUUGGGAGCAGUCUUGUAAACAUCGUACCACUGUUGUCACAUGACCACUGGAUGGCAAUACUCUUAUGCACUGAUGUCAAUAUCCUUUUGAAACUUCAUUCCUUUAGUUUAUCACCUAAAUUAACUUGGUAUAUCUGGUAACUAAAGUAAAAGUACUAAAACCGUAUUAUAAAGAUAUUCUUCAAGUAUCGGGAGAAUGUAUUAAAGUAAGUUUUAAUGUAAGAAAGUACUACAUGUGGAGAAAUGUUCUCUGACUUAUACGUCAUGCAUGUUUUAGACUAAUUGAUUAUGAAAUUUGAUUUUGACCAAUGACACCUUCACAAUGCUUUGUUUUUGUCAAACGAACUGUCCAACCUUAAAAUAUUUAAAAUGAUCUAAGUUGGAAUCAUGAAAUGUUUUUGCAUGAAAAAUUGUCAAAGGAAUUGCAAAAUAUAUGUUAACUUGUACUGUUGGGAAAUUUAUAGUGUGACACUAAGCUAUUCAUGGUUAUAUGCAAAAGUCUUCAUUUAUAAAGUAACUAACACUUUCAGAUGAAUGUACUGAAGGUCAAAAUAAAUAUUUCCCUCUGA